UGGACUUUACAUCAAGGCUAUGCAAUUCUCAUGCUAUGCAAGUCCGUCUUGCAUGGCGUAUCUCUUGCCUAGCCUGACCUUUUUACAUCAGAGCUAUUUCUGUGCAUUUUAGAUACGACUUUCAUUGUUGCCAACAGAGAGGAAAUAUUUCAAUAUUUGAGGUUAUUUUUACUGAUGUAAACGUAAAUAAACAAUAUAAUUAUUAUACCGUUAUUAUACUAUUUACUAUUUAGUAUAUUAUUUAUUUAUUAUACUAUUUAUUAUAAAAAUACAAAGGUAAAGGAUGUCAACAGAAGUAAAGAAAACAUUGUUGUUACUUAAUGUUGCUGUUGUAGCAACAAUGAUGAAAAAUAAAAAAAAAAGAAAACCUCGAAAAUACUGGGUCAAACCUUGGUUGAAUGCAGAACUGGGAAAUUUGAGAUUACCCCAAGAGUUCUUGGAUGCUAGGGACCUGCAAAGUUUUAAAAACUUUCUUAGAAUGAACGAGUACACUUUCCUUAAGCUCCUGGAAAAGAUUAAUCCACGAAUUCAGAAAAAAGAUACCAAUUUUCGCCAGUGCAUUCCAUCAAGAACAAAACUAAUAAUAACUUUAAGGUAUCUGUCAACUGGAGAAACUUUUAGAUCUCUAAUGUAUAAUUAUAGAGUAUCAGAGUCUGCUAUAUCUGAAUUUAUUCCAAUUGUUUGUAGAGCAAUUUAUGAUGAACUAAAGAGAGAUUACUUGAAGGUACCAUGUACAACAGAAGAAUGGUUAAACAUUUCUAAGGAGUUUGAGGAAACAUGGAACUUGCCAAAUAUUUUGGGAGCCAUUGAUGGCAAACAUGUGAUCAUACAGGCUCAGCAACAAGAAGGUUCUGCUUUUUACAAUUACAAAAAGCAACAUAGUAUUGUUUUACUAGGUUUGGUAGAUGCCAACUAUAACUUCUUGUAUGUAAAUGUAGGCAUGAAUGGAAGAGUUUCAGAUGGUGGUGUUUACAGAGAAAGUGACCUGUAUAAAGCUGUUGAACAAAAUGUACUGAAGUUUCCUAAUGAUAAACCUCUACCACUAAGGAAUACUCCAGUACCAUUUGUUUUUGUUGCUGAUGCAGCAUUUCCUCUGUCAACACAUAUAAUGAAGCCAUACCCCUUUAGAAACAUGACGCGUCAGGAACGCAUUUUUAAUUAUAGAUUAAGCCGUGUUCGCCGUGUGGUUGAAAACACUUUUGGAAUACUUGCAAAUAGAUUUCGUGUUCUGUUAAAUGUAAACCUUUUGGUUCCAGAAAAGGUAAAAAUUGUAACGUUAGCCUGUUGUGCACUGCACAACUUUUUACGACAUGAGUUAAAAACCAAAUAUACUGGUGUCAAUCCUGAGAGGGACAUUAACAAAAAAUACACACUGGCUUGUGGUUUGAGUGCUCAGGGUGGUAACAGGCCUAAAAAACUUGCCAUUGAAAUACGAGAAGAAUUUAAAGAGUAUGUCAAUGGAGUUGGUAGUGUUUCGUGGCAAGAAGAUAUGUGCUAGCUAAUGAUAAUAAUAAUAAUAUAAUAUGUACAGUCGGAAAAAUGAAAUAAUACUCAUGAAUGAACAUAUAAAACACGCUGUAUUUUCCUGUCACCGUAUCACAAAGAAAAUUGUCCAGUGCAAAUACAUGCAACAAUAAUUAUCACAUGUACUUGCGCUGGCCAAUUUUUUGUGUGACACGGUGACAGGAAAAUACAGCGUGUUUUAUAUGUUCGUUCAUGGGUAUUCUUUCAUUUUUCCUACUGUAAGCAGUACGAGCCUAGUAGGCCCAUAGCUUGAUGUACUAUUCUUUUCCACUCCCUUUUGUCAGUUGUUUUUCUUUCCCAGUUCCUUACGUUAAUUCUUCUCUAACUCCAUUACUCCAUCGUGACCUCAGUCUUCCUCUUCGCCUUUUCCCUACCAAUGCACUAGAUAGUACCUUUCUGGGAAUUCUAGAUGGAAUCAUCCUCUGCACAUUGCCCAACCAUGUAAGUCUUUCCGCCUUAAUUACUGCUAGUAUGUUAGGAUCUUGAUAGAGCUCAGUUAGUUCCUUAUUUGUUGUUCUUACCCAUUGUCCAUUUAAGUUUUUCCCACUGAAGAUUUUGCGCAGUAUUUUCCUCUCUCAAACUAAUAACCGGUGUGAAUAUAUAUGAUAGUCUGCUUUAAUUAUUAUGAGUAUGUGAAUAAUCAGGUAUUUAAAACGUUAGGCUUCAUUAUUUAUUUUUAUGAAAGAGACAGGAUCACCCCAUAACAGCAUUAUAAUACAAUAUUAUGUAACAUUAUUGUUAAAUUUAAGCGUUGAUUGAAAUAUUAUACCUCAAUCAACGAUUUAAGUUAAAAGGAUCUAUAUCACAGUGUAUGUAAAAAUCUUAAGGCCCUAUCAACUGGAUUAAUGGAGGCAUACCUAUUUGGUAGCAGGAAAAUUUAUAUGAAAAAUUGAUGGAUUUGACCCUUAUUUUAAUGGAAGUUCAUUUUAUCUAACAAUAACACACUGAGACAUUCUGUUUUCAAUACUUCCACGACAUUUUUUACACGUUAAUGGUACAGUUGUUUCGGCAGAGUGUCUUUCUCAAGUGAUUUAUUUUACUAAACUAAAUUUCAAUAUGACAUGUACUUCAUGUAAACAAUUAUUGUAGUUGUUAAAGGUGUUCAAAAUGUAUCUACACGUUCCAUAGCAACAGUACAUUAUUAAAAUCACCUGAUCACUUUUUCUCAAUAGGUAUAAAUUAUUGUAAUCACUGAAUAUAUAGAUAGUGAAGAAAUAAUCAUAUUCAUUAAAUUAAUGAAUACUUAUUAUACAAGUAACUGUUAUCCAAAAAUAUUCAAACACUGAACCAAAUAGCCAUGAACAGCAUCUCCAAAAAUUAGUUUGGAAUAUUAUCUGGUCCCGUUGAAAAGGAGUUUCGGAGUAGAUUUCUUUCUUCUUCUAAGCCUUCUAUCGUCCAUGCAUGGACAUAGGCCUCUCCCAACUCCUUCCAUUGAUCUCUAUCCUGAGCAACAUACUUACAAUUUGUUCCAGCUAUUGUUUUUCUGAUAGUUGUGUACCCAGCAUUUGUCUUUCCAUUGCCCUUUCUAUUAUGGCUAGUUUACAGUUAAGUUUUUAAGGUGUAAAUAAUACUUAAAGUGACUUUUGUAAUUUACCUAUUUCUCUGUCUCUUACAUGUACAUGUUUUUUUAUUUAUUGCUUGUAUAUUUUUUAGUUUAAUGUAGGAAUGAUUUUAAAGUUAAGUUCCAUAAACCACAAAUUUAUAUUUUUAUUUAAUUUUUUUGGCACUACCCUAAUUGUUUUUGUAUUAUGACUUUUCCUGUUGUACAAUAAAUUUGAUUUGAUAUGUAAUAAUUAAAAAAUAUUUACUGAAGAAA